AUGCCCGACGCUGACGACAUCGACUGGAAAGAGGCCUUUUGGUGGUUCUUCUGGGAUGUCUGCGCUAGAGACGAAGAUGAAUCGCAUGAGCCCGGUACCUACAACGACUUCGUUUCUGAUGUUAUUAGCCGGGAACGACUUCCAGUUAACACCAUCGAUCAUCCGAGAUCGUGGGACCAUCUUUUGUGGCACCUCAUGCGGGCUACGGUUUAUGACAGAGGCAAGUAG